CAAGUUGCAAUACGUAUAGAGAACGACGAUCAACACGCAGGGAAGUAAAGUGAAGCAGACUCGACGUGUUCUGUGUUACUACGUCUCUCUCUCUCUCUCUCUCUCUCUCUCUCCUUCUAUCUAUCAACUUUUCCAAACGAUUGAUCUAUUUAGUCGGUGGGGCGCUCGUCGAAGCAUAAACAAAGUGCGUGCUAGUAACGAGGAGCGUCAUUGUCAUUUUCAGUGUCCUGUGAUAAGGAGAAAUAGAAAGGAGAAGGAGGAGGAGAGGAGAAGGACGAGGAGGAGUGUUCGGACGUUGAUCGAACAUUGCUGGUGAAGAAGAAGAAAAAGAAGGAAAAGGAGAAGAAGGAGAAGAAGAAGGAGGAGGAGGAGGAGAAGGAGGAGACAAACAAAAUGGGAAGGGAAAUGACGAAAACGAAAAUGAAAUAUCUUAUGGGAAAUAGAGAGAGGGAGAGAGAGUGAGUGAGGGAGGGAGGGAUCGAGUAGAAGAAAACAAAAAAGAAAAAGAAGAGAGAGAGAAAGAGACGCGUGUGUUGUGAUUUCUGUGCGCGCGGAAGAGGAAGAGAGAGAGAGAGAGAGAGAGAGAGAGAGAGGGAACGAACAAGAUGGCCGGCCAGAAACAUAUGACAAAGAACGACGAGCUACCGCCGUGGCCGAGGGCGACGUUCGCUCGGUUCCUCGUCUCUCGGUAUUGCUGAUCCUAGUUCGUUUUCGAGAGAGGAAUAGGUGUUUUUUGGCACCGGUUGUGGUGUUCUUUUCGAAGGGGGUUUUUUAUAUAAAGAAGAGAGAGAAAGAAAGAGUGAGAGAGAGAGAGAGAGAGAGCGAGGAGGAUAGAAAGGGUGGAAGAAAAGAUAGAGAGAAAGAGAGAGAGAGAGAGAGAGAGAGAGAGAGCGGAAAGAGAAAAGAAAGAGGGGAUCGUGACUGCCAAGAGAGUCGGUGAUCCUGUGACCGAAGGAGCCAUGACUACGCGUGGAGAAUGGGCUCGAUCGCAUCGGUGUUGCAAUGGCAUUGCUCGGAGUGCGCUCUGAUAAAUCCAACGGAGAGCGCCAGAUGCGCCAGGUGCGGCCUGGCACGAAUCAGGAGCGAUGACGAGAGGGCGACCAGACUCAGCCAAGAGUUGAGCGCAAAGCGCGGGGAACCUCCUCCGCGCCGGAUGAGACAGUUACGUCGUAAGAAAGAGGGGAAAGACGCGGAGGAGGAGGAGGAGGAGGUGGGGGAGGAGGGUGGAGAACUCGACGAAGAGGAAGGUGCUUCUUCUUCAUCGUCAUCGUCAUCGUCAUCGUCGUCGUCGUCGUCGUCGUCGUCGUCACCAUCAUCAUCAUCGUCCGCGACGUCGCCGUCGUCGUCAUCGUCGUCGGGAUCAUUACCGCCGACGCCACCACCGAGACUCAACAUUCAUAGGCUCGAUAACAAUACCACCGAAAAUCAUCCACAGGUUGACGUCCAUGAGGAUACGAUUACCACUACUCGCGAGCCCACCAAAUCCCUCGCACUACAGUUUUUUCAACGCGUUAAUAAGAAUUCAUCUGUAACCAAUGUUCUUAAGAAGAGGCCACGUUAUGGUUCGUGGUGUGGGAGUAUCUCUGACAGAGAGCCACUUAAACGAUCCACUUCUGUACCUUCCUUAGUGACACGGUGGACCUGCAUUCGUUGUUUAUUGGAUAAUAGUUGUAGCUCCACAUUGGUUUGUGCAGCCUGCGAUGCCAGUUUUUCUAUAGCCCAGCUCGAUGAAAGACAGAUAGGAGCGAGGAAGGGGAAAAAACUUAAUCAGUGUAAAGCCAAACAAGAACCUAAAGUAGAGUUGUUAAAAAAUGCAGUAUUUGGACAUUUGACCAAAAAUUUGAAUGCUGGCUAUAGUAUAACAUAUACUCCAUCUAAUGCCAAAAGAGUUUAUAACAAAGGUAUGGCACAAUUGACAAGUAUAAGUCGCAGUGAAAGAGGAAGAAACGUUCGCGAGGAGUGGACAUUACCUACGCUCGAAACGAUGGAUCCAACGUCGCUUCCCUACUCAGAUAAUGCGGAAACUUCUCAACGUUCUCCUAAGCGUCACAGUCCUUCUAUGUAUGAAAGAGUUAAAUCCAAAGUGAGUCGUUCUUUGUCUAAUGGCUCCGUCGUACAAAAGCUCUCUGAACUCGUCAUUCAAAGACCCACCAGCUUAGUAGUGUCUGAAGCACAUCAGGAUGAUGCCUUGUGGAGUUGCGAUAAUUGUACGCUCGAUAAUGCACCGGGAUUGGAGCAAUGUGAAGCGUGCGAAGCACCUAGAAGCCCAGCACCAUGCAGUGGUGUUGUUAUCAGUGUUCCUGCUUGGGAAACACGUGCACUAUCCUCGGCAGGUCCACUGUCUUAUAGACGAUCUUUCUCUGAUGUCAAUUCUAUUACAAAUGUGACUCAAAGGAAGACAAUAAAUCGUAGGAGUCUAAACGACGAAGAACCACCGGCGGUACCUCCACAUUCCAUUGGUUUCACCUCAAAACCAAAGUAUUCAUAUAUAGGUAUCAGCGAGCCUGAUGUUCCACCACCAUUGCCAAAGAAGCAAAGCAGCAAAUUAGGUUUACUAGCCACCAAGGCACAUAGCGAAGCUACCAGCCCUGUUAGUGAUGUAGCCAGUGUGAGUCCUUUAAAACGUAUGUGGACGUGUCAAAAGUGUUCUUAUGCCUACAAUCCUUUGUGGUCUGUGGCUUGCGAUAUUUGUGGUUCCCCUAGAUCACCACCUUCUCUCACACAACCUAGUUUAAUAACUGUGACGAAGGAUGGAGCUAGUUGUCCUAUGCGAGUGCAGUCUCCCAUUAUAGUGUCACGAGACAGUGUCAGAUAUAUCCCACCAAAAUCGGCUACCUUGGCUACGGCAGAGUCUGAUUUGGACGAUCAAUUGGAUCCUCCUCCUUCUCCGGUUUGGACUUGUAAGAAGUGUACAUUACUUAAUGCUGUUUCGCGAACUACGUGCGAAGCAUGUGGUGGUUCCAAACUUAAAAGCAUAAUGCACUUAGAGGAUGCUACAUUAAGAAAAGGGGAGAGUUGGGUAUGCCCCUCGUGUACAUUAAGGAAUCCGCUGUCAGCACAAACUUGUAAUGCCUGUAAAACGUUAGCAGACUUUUUAGAAGUGCCCAAGGACAAUAGAAUUCAAGGACAAAGAAGUCCAAGUCCAAGACUUUGUCACCCAGCAAAUUCAAAAGUUGUUGCCCAAAAAUAUAGAAAUUCCGUACGAAGAAACGGUUCCUCGAUAGCUGACAAAAGACAUUCAAGAUCUAAAGAUCCAAGUCAUACUCAAUGGCAAUGUAAGUUGUGUACCUAUGAAAAUAAGAGUACGAACAGAACUUGCGAGAUGUGCCAAAGCUCGAAGACCUUAUCCGAAGCAUCGGGAGAUAGACCAAGACUUAUCGAGGCUGGUACUAGUACACUUACGAUGCAACGUCAGGAAAGUGUAGUAAUGGAAAAUUUAAGACAAUUGGAGGAAAGAGAAGCAUUAGAAAAAUGGGAGCGUAUAGUACGUUAUUGUAAAGAGACGAACGAGCCCUUUGUCGACGAUUCAUUUCCACCAGCUCCAAAAUCUUUGUACUAUAAUCCCGCGGAUACGAAAGAUAAUCACGUAGUUCAAUGGAGAAGACCUCAUCAAAUUAAUGUUGACUCGAGCGUCGACUCUAAACUGCCAUGGGCCGUUUUUAGAACACCGUUGCCCUCAGAUAUUUCGCAAGGAGUCUUAGGAAAUUGCUGGUUACUUUCAGCUUUGGCCGUAUUGGCGGAAAGCGAUGAACUCGUAAGAAGGGUUCUCGUGAUGAGAGAAACGUGUCCUGAAGGGGCUUAUCAAGUUAGACUUUGUAAAGAUGGAAAAUGGACAACGGUAUUGGUCGAUGAUCUCUUGCCUUGUGACAAAAGAGGUCAUUUAGUAUAUUCACAGGCAAAAAGAAAACAACUUUGGGUACCGUUAAUCGAAAAGGCAGUUGCUAAAAUUCAUGGUUGUUACGAAGCUUUAGUAUCGGGCAGAGCUAUAGAAGGUUUGGCUACGUUAACCGGUGCACCAUGCGAAAGUGUACCUUUGCAACCUUCGGCAUUACCAAGUGAAGAUGAACUUGAUAAGGAUCUAAUUUGGGCACAACUUUUGUCAUCGAGACAAGCUAUGUUUUUAAUGGGUGCUAGCUGUGGCGGUGGUAAUAUGAAAGUCGACGAAGAAGAGUAUCAAAGAAAAGGUUUAAGGCCAAGGCACGCUUAUUCCGUUCUUGAUGUACGUGACGUUCAGGGAAUACGUUUGUUAAGAUUACGAAACCCCUGGGGUCAUUACAGCUGGAAAGGAGAUUGGUCCGACGAUAGUCCUAUAUGGACUCCGCAAUUGCGAGAAAUGUUAAUGCCACACGGUGCUUCGGACGGUGUGUUUUGGAUUUCCUUUGACGACGUUUUAAAAUAUUUCGAUUGCAUAGAUAUAUGCAAAACUAGAGUUGGUUGGAGCGAAGUUAGAUUACGUGGUACGCUACCGCCUUUAUCAUCUCUCAGGCAUUUAUCGUGCGUAUUGUUAACAGUAUUAGAACCAACUGAGACUGAAUUCACAUUAUUCCAAGAGGGUCAAAGGAAUUCUGAAAAGUCACAACGUUCUCAGUUAGAUCUAUGUGUGGUUGUAUUUCGCACGCGAUCACCAGCGGCACCAGAAGUGGGGAGAUUGGUAGAGCAUAGUAAGCGGCAGGUACGAGGAUUCGUUGGAUGUCACAAAAUGUUAGAAAGGGACUUGUAUAUAGUCGUAUGUUUGGCAUUUAAUCAUUGGCAUACCGGUAUGGAGGAUACAUCCAGUUAUCCGGAGUAUGUUCUCGCAAUACAUAGUUCUAAGAGACUUUUGGUAGAACAAAUUUCUCCUCCUGCGUUCGUAUUGGCCGAUGCGAUUAUAAGUUUAACUUUAGCGAAAGGACAGCGACACGAGGGAAGAGAAGGUAUGACGGCGUAUUAUUUAACCAAAGGAUGGGCUGGUUUAGUGGUAAUGGUAGAAAAUCGUCAUGUUAAUAAAUGGAUACACGUAAAAUGUGACUGCCAUGAAAGCUAUAACGUUGUGUCCACAAGAGGACAGCUCAGAACUGCCGAUAGUGUUCCCCCACUUCACAGACAAGUUAUCAUAGUCCUAACGCAAUUGGAAGGUAGCGGAGGUUUUUCAAUAGCACAUCGACUCACUCACCGAUUAGCGAACAGUGGAAAUUUGCACGAUUGGGGACCACCCGAUACCCAACAUCAUCCUCAAAUAGAUACUCAGGUCGAAGGUUUACACAGUCCUCGUUUAAUCACGUGAAAAUUUACGUGUUACGACUGACUUUCGUUGAACACACAGGGGCGACGUUUAAGAAAAAAAAAAAAAAAAAAAAAAAAGAAAAAAAACAGUAAAAAGUGCCCAUAUUGCUCGAAAAACUUUUAUUAUAAUAGCAAAAAGUUGAAAGAUUUUGAUUGAAAACAGCGUAAAGGAAAAAAAAACAAACGAAGAGAAAAAAGAAAAGAAAGCGAAACAACGUAGGAAGAUUGCAAUGCAUAGUACAUCAUCCCAAAGUAAUUAAAAAUGAUACUUUUUGUGCUUUCUAAUCGACGAUAUUUCACGAAAAUUCUUAGAGUUGCAAUACGCUCAGCGCAAAGAACAGGAUACAAUAAUUUAAAAAAAAAAAAAAAUUAAAAAGUAAAAGGAAAAAAAAAAUACAAAUAAAAUUAAAAAGGGAAAAAGAGAAAGAAAGAGAGAUUAAUAAUAUGAUGGUUCUCGGAGGUUAAAAAUUUGUAAUAUUUUCUUCUUUACAUUCUUGUAUGAUUCUCUCGAUUCGCAUUCUAACGAGAAAGCACAUACUUUAAAAGAACAUAAACAAAUGAAAAAACAAGUAAAAAAAAAAAAGGACAAAAAAGAAAAUAUCUAUCAUUAGAUAUCUCUGCUGGAACCAUUGAUCCGUAAAGAAAAAUAAAAAAAAAUAAAAAAAAAUAAAAAAAUAAAAAAACAAUAAAAAAAAAAAAAUAAAAUAAAAAAAGACUUAAGGAAAUGAAAAAUAUAUAUGUGAAGAGACAAGUUUUAAUAUAUAGGUUGUUGCGUUGAAAUCGAUGCACGCUAUCUUUCCGAUUACUGCCAGAGGUACAAAGAGAUAAUAAACUGGACGUGCAUUUAAAAUGAAAAACUGUUUGAAUGAAAAGGGGAUGCCUCUUGUUUAAGUAUAAUAGCUUAUAAAUCUUAACGUUUCACGAUAUAUCACACAUAUUCCUGAUAUGUUAUUUCGAAAAAAUGAGGAAUUAAUUAUCUUCUAAAUAAUAUAUGAAAUAGAUAACAAUGUUUGCACGUUUAUCAAUUAAUUAUUAUUCUCUUCUAUUGUUUCGUUUGAAAACUUCCGAAAGUGAUGGUGUGCAUUUGUAUCAACGAAACGGCUUGUGUAACGACAUACACAUACACACUUUGCUUGUUUAUAUAUAUAUGUGUAUAUAUAUAUAUAUAUAUAUAUAUAUAUAUAUAUAUGAAAAGAAAAAAAAAAAAUAUGAAAGAGAAAGAAGAAUUAGAAGAAAAAGAAUAAAAAGAAGAAGAUGAAGAAGAAGAAAAAGAAGAAUUAUUUUCUCAACUUAACAUUUAAGCAUCAUUCAUAAGAAAUGACAAAACCUAAAUGAAAAUAUAAAAUAAUAUAAUGUAAAUUGCGAUAUCUCUAGGAGUCAUUAAGGAAUUUGCGAGAGCACGAUACGAUAAAACAUUGCUUGUUUUCUUUUUCUUUUAUUUAUUUAUUUAUUUAUUUUUUUUUUUUUUUUUUUUUGGAAUUGCUUAAAUUUGCUUAAUGGAACA